AUAUCACAGUAUAUAUGUGUGUGCGUUAGUAAAGUAAUGGCCACUCGUAUGCAAUUGUCGGUAUAAUUAGUGUUGACUAUAAAAAAAAUUAUACAUCAAAAUGAAACCAAUGGAAACGGUUAGUCCAUCGCACUGUGAAACAAGUGGUGCCAAACAAGUUGUCAGCGGUGGUGGCGGCGGCGAUCAGCACUCAUCGUCGUUGGCCGCUCUAACCGAUGGCCGCACAUCCAAAUCGGACGCCAACUCCGGAUCGUCAUCAUCUGAUGAGGAAAGAGUUGGUGGUGUAGGAGUGAUGGGAGGCCCUAAACCAACCGGUGCAAAUAAUAAUAAUAAUAAUCAGUCCACACCACAACAAAACUAUAUGAGUCGUUUCUCCAAUUCUGCCUAUCAGUCGUCGCUGGCAUCGCCGGCAGCGGCGGCCGCAGCGUCGGCCCAAAAGCGGCCAAUGAAUGCGUUUCUAAUAUUUUGCAAACGACACCGUAGUGUUGUACGCCAAAAGUAUCCGCAUCUGGAGAACCGUAGUAUUACGAAAAUACUCGGCGAAUGGUGGGCAGCCCUCGAUUCUGACCAGAAACUCAAGUACACGGAACUGGCCCGUCAGUAUAAGGAAGCCUUUAUGAAAGCUAAUCCACAUUUCAAAUGGUAUAAGACUACCGAUUUAAGGCCACCGCCGCCUACAGUAGGUCCACCAUCGCCUCCUCACCCGCCGCCACCGACACAACCGCCGCCAUCAUCAGCAGCAGCGCCAUCAAUGUCGGUGCCAAUGAAUACACACGAAUACAAUAAUAAUAAUAAUAAUAAUAACAAAUCAUUGGUACCGCCGCCAGUCAGUCAACAGUCAACACCGAAACCACCGAAAAAGCGUUAUUUAGAAAAUCUAGAAAACGGCGAAUAUAAUAGAGUGACAAAUCAUAACAACUACAACAAUAGCAACAAUAAGAUCACAAAUAAUUAUACAAACGGUGAACAACAACACCAACAAUCUUCUUCUUCUUCUUCAUCAUGUUUUACUUCAUCCAUAUUAUCGGCCGCCGCCUCAUCGCCGGCCAAAAUAAUUGGUACAAAUAAUAAUAAUAAUAAUUCGGGAACGGGUCCGCCGAUUUUGGACAUUGAAACUGCUAACCGUGUUAUCGAAGACGCAUUGAGCGGAUCUCUAUCAUUGGGCUCAAUGUCGUCUUCGUUGUCGUCGUCCAGAAAUUCGGCGUUGAAUUCGCGUCGGGAAAAGUCGGCAUUCAAUUCGGAUAUAAUCAAUGGCCACAUCAACAGCGUUCUGGAACAGCAUUCGAUCGAAACCAGAGAACUCGAGGCACUCGAACGUAGUUCACAGCAACGACUGUUGUUGGACCACCAAGAAGUUAGCGGUGGUCACCAUCACCACAGCAGCAGCAGCAGCGGUUCCAAUACCAUCGGCAACAAUACAAAUCAUCAAAUGAGUACAACAACAACGGGAACUGUCGACAGUAGUGCAACAAAUCACAUGACAAGAACAUCAAACAACAACAACAACAAUCGGGUCGUCGUAUCGUCUGAUGAUGACAUCGACAACGACGAUGAAGACACUAACCAUGCAAUGGAUGUUACGGAGAACAACAACAACAACAGUGUCGCCUCCGCUGCCGCCGUCGUCGUUGCCAAUGACGCCGAAGAGGAGGAAGAAAAACCAUUAAACCUGUCGGCCUCUACUGUUCUUCAUACUUCCAAUCAGCACAUUAUCGACCAUUUUAUUGAUAAGCUGUUGAGCACCGGUAUUCCUGAAGGAGAGUCCACAUCUUCAUCAUUACAUUUAUCUUUGCCUUUCUAUAAUAAUAAUAAUAAUACAUCUGAUGAUGAAAAUAAUCAAUUAUGUAAAAAUAGGACUAAUAAUAAUAAUAAUAAUAAUUUUAAUUAUAAUUCAAAUACAAAUUGCAAUACAAACGCCAAUAGCGCCAGUGGUGGCGGUGGUAGUGGUAAAGGUCAUCAUCAGCAGCAGCAACAGUCAAGAAAGGAGAGAUCGUGUAAAGGAAAACGAUAUCUGGAAAUACUGUCGGAAACAAAACUAACAAAACGCAGCCGUACUGUGUCGUCGAUGAGCGCCAACAGUGGCGGCGGCGGCGCCGGUGAUGAUAACCAUCAUCACCACCGGUCGGACCAUACAAAAGACGGGUCGUCCUCUACCACCACCGCCGCAGCCGGUAGUACUGGUAGUGUUUCCAAAUGGGUUUCGGGCGGUUUCGACUUAGAGGAACACAUCAAACAGUUGCCACAAUUGGGUGAUACACAUCUGCUCAAUGCGCUGAGUCAUAGCAAAGCUAAUAAAACGGUUAACAAUUCGUCGUCGUUGUCAUUGUCGGCUUCAUUGUCGACGACGACAACGACAAUGAGAACUAGCGGUUCCAAUGAUCUAAUGAUUAAAAAUCAAGAGUCAAACAACAACAACCACAUGAAUAGCCAUUUGAUUGGUGACAACAACAACGAUGUCGUCGACGAUGACAACGACAAUAAUAGUGAUAAUGAUUAUGAAGAUAACGAUAGAUUGAUGAUUAAUAAGAAGAAUCAGUUGAUUACUGAUAAUACUCUCAAUACUAGCAGUGAAAGCACUUUAUUAUACAAUCAUAAUAAUAAUAGUAAUGAUAAUAAUAAUGACGAAUCAGUUUCUUCUGUAACACCGACGACGACAAAGUCAAGCGGAGACAACAACAACAACAGCAGCAGCAAUAGGAUGGACCAAAUGGGCGGCGAAGAGUUGAUGUCAACAACAACAGCAACAAUCAAAGAUGAUAUGAAGAUGAAUGACUUAACUAAUGUUAACCACACCACUACUAAAGACAUGAUCGUCAGCAACAACGACACUAUCACUACUACCACUACUACUACUACUACUACUACUCAGGGAAUUGAAUUCAGUGAUGGUUUGGUAGCGUUGGCCGAAGUAGCUCUCCAGCAGCAGAGGAAUACCAUCUGAUCUAUUGAUUAGUUGAUUGAUUGAUUGAUUGGAGAGGUAUACACACUACCGGUACAACUAUACAAACACACCCACACACACACACAUACACUCACAAACUAUGAUAACAAACAUACCAUCAAUACCUUGAACCGCCAUCAUAUAAACAACAGCUCCACACACCUCCUCCUAUUCCGCGCGCCUCCUCUUUCACUGAAUAUAUAUAUAUAUAUAUA